AUGCCUUCACCACUAUCGGACCCCGUCAAACUGCCAUGCGGUCUUGUCCUACCAAACCGGCUAUCAAAGGCUGCAAUGGCCGAAAUGAUGGCCAAGUCCCACCACCCAGACCCUCUCUGCGAGGCCUAUGAAAAGUGGUCCACCGGCGGCUGGGGCAGUAUUCUAACCGGCAACGUGCAAGUCGACAUCAACCACCUAGGAAGCCCCUUCGACCCAGCCCUGAACGGCGAAUACACCGGUCCCGACGACGAAAACAAGGCCCUAGUAGCCCGCUGGACAAAGUAUGCUACCGCAUGCCAGCAACAUGGCACACCCGCCCUGAGCACAAAUCUGCCACCCAGGUCGACAAUCAUUUCGCUCCCGAUUUCUGUAGGUGACUCGUGGCUGGAGUGUUUCAUUGGCGCCGUUGCUUGGACAAAGCCUCGUGCUAUGAGCACUGCCGAGGUGCAGGGUGUUAUCUCGCAAUUUGUUGAUACGGCGAGACUCAUGGCCGAUGCCGGAUUUUCGGGUAUUGAGCUGCACGGAGCGCAUGGGUAUCUUAUUGAUCAAUUCCUAAGCUCAAAGACAAAUCUCCGAACCGACGAAUUCGGCGGCACGCCCGAAAAACGCGCGCGCUUCGUCCUGGAAAUAAUCAAACAGACCCGCGCGAUUGUGCCGCAAACCUUCGCCAUCGGAAUCAAGCUCAACUCGGCUGACCACAGCUCCGCAACCUUUGAAGAAACAAUGACCCAAAUCGCCCUCCUUGUUGAAGCCGGCAUCGACUUUAUGGAAAUUAGUGGCGGCACUUAUGAAGAUCCGCAGAUGAUGGGAUAUCCCAAGGCGGAGAUUCCAGUGAAGUCAGAGCGUACGGCUGCGCGCGAGGCAUUUUUCCUUGAAUUUGCAAAGACUGUUCGCGGAAGACAUCCUGAUCUGAUUCUCAUGUUGACGGGUGGGUUCCGGACAAGGGCUGGGUGUGUUGCUGCUAUUGAGGAUGGGGCUUGUGACCUUGUUGGUAUUGGACGACCUGCUGCUGUUGAGCCUGCCUUCCCGCUGCUACUUUUGGACGAGAGCGUUAAGGAUGAGAAGGCAGUUUUGCCUUUGAUUAAGGUGCCGCCUCCUUGGUAUGCGAAGUUUUUGCCUAGGAACCUUAUUGGAGCUGGGGCCGAGACUACUUAUUAUGCGGCGCAAAUUCAGCGCUUUGCUCGGGGCCUGGCUACGUAUGCGCCGGCUUUGUGA